UGGAAUGCCUGCUCGAUUUUACAGUCCACGAGCUUUGAAAAUGGCGCCAGUGACAUGGUUUGGUCAGUUCCCCUAAUUCUAAAGGAAUAGAACUCGUCUAGUAGGGAACAAAAUGCCAUCGGCAAAUGGAGCUGUACCCAGCACAUUUUCUUUCGAGAGUGUACAAGAUGUGAAUGUCGUAGAGUUCUGUCCAUUUGACAAGGCAGCAGGUAUAAUUGCUUAUGGAGGUGAAAACAGAGUAGCACUGGGCAUGUGUCUUUUCCAAGAGGAGGCCCAAGACAGUCACCUUCCUCUUCUGCAGUUUAAACAUAUUACAGAUUUUCAUCAUGGAACAAGGGUUCUUUCUAUUGCCUGGUCUCCUAAAACAAACAUUCAACAUUUGCCUUAUUCUUUCCAGUUCUGUACUGCAGGAGAAGACAGGAAGCUUCGAUAUUUCACAUCUGAUGGCAAGGAUUCAUCAACAGUGACCACUCUAGAAGGACAUCUAAGUUACAUUAAUGAUUGUGUCAUUGAACCAGUGUCUGGCCUCAAUGUUGCCAGUGUCAGUGAUGACCAUACUUGUCGGCUAUGGGAUCUGGAGACUGGAGCAGAGAAAACAUGCAUUCCUCUUGGAUCAGCAGGAAUGAGUGUCAAAUGGAAUCCUGUAGAACCAAACAAGCUGAUGGUGGCUGAAAAGAAUGGAAUAAUACGAUUUUAUGACUUGGUGAGCCAGCAGCCCAUCAUGUCCCUCAGUACUGAGCAGCUGCCUCUAAUCUCAGCUGAUUGGUGCAAGACCAAUGCUCUGAAAGUUGGUGCAGUAGCUAAGGAUGACUGGCUGAUCUGGGAUAUGUCAAAGUCAAGUCUACCAGAAGUUGUGGAACAGGCUCAUUUAAAAGGAGUAUCCAAAUUUAGAUGGUCACAUGUGCAUGAGAAUCUGUUUGCUACAACUGGUUGUCCUGGUAACCACAUCAAUGUUUAUCACAUGGGGCACCACAAGAUCCCAGUGUCAUGCCAAAUGCGGACUGGAGGAGGUCUCUCUUGGCACCCUUUUUUACCUGUGUGUGCCUCAGCUGGAGGGCACAAGGUGCACUUAUGGUUCUUAGAAGUAUAAAGGUCAAAGGGGAACCAGCAAGAGUAAUGAAGGGAAACAAUGACUUUCUCCUCACACAACAGUGGGAAUAAAUACAUGUGAUAUUAAUUAACUCCAAAUGAACUUAACAUCUAUUGAAAGUGAGAGAGUGAGUGAAGCAUAUUUGUUUUUCAAUAAAAAAAGGAGAGUAAACUGUGUUGUUUAACAACA